AGGGGCAAAUAAGUAAUUUGACAAAAUUGAACAGUUUAUGCGAUUGUAAAAGCUGAAGCGGAGAAAAAGGAGGAGGGAGGAUGGGGGAAGACGAGAGAAAAGAAGCAGCGAUAGCAUCGACGGCGGUGUUGCAGCCCAAUUUCAAGCCCAAAGGCCUUACGCAACAGCAGCUCUCCAAGUUUCAGGAGCUGCACAGGAAGCGUUUACAGAUAAAGUCAAAAUCAAAGUUUGAAAAGAAACCAAAAGCUGUUACUGGAAAAUUUCAUCGCAAGAACCACAAAGAAACAGACUUGACGAUUCAAGAUUCAAGCAUGAGUGUUGAAGAUUCAACUGUUCCUAAAUCUGAGAGCCACAAUAAUGGAAGCAGCUCAUCAGGACAGCAAGAGGAUGCACCAAAAAAGCGCCAGAAGUUACAUUGGGGGCUUGACACAAAGGAAUGCUGGGAAAGGAAAGCAAACAUGUAAAUAUGUCCCUCAAUACAGCAUCCGGGGUCCUGAAUUGGUGUUCUUUUAGAGUUGCAAUGCAACUUAGUCAGUUGAUCACAGAUCUGAAGAAAACUUUUACCAUCAACUUUGUCAUGUGGCUAGAAGAUACUUAAGUAAUAGAAGGAAGGCAUUUACCUUCAAUGCCAGGUAUUUUAUCACUGUACUCUUGUUAAUUUUAGAGUAGCAAACCCGGUCAAAUUGCACAAGUGUAGAUCAAUGAAAACAAGCAUUCAAGUGGCAGCUCCAUGUGCAUGCAAAUUCGCCAUUGAUGAUGUUAGGUAUUUUCCUUUUUCAUUGUAGUAGCUAGUGAAACUGGGAACUGCUUUUCUAUGUUACUUCUACUGAGAUGGUACUUGGACUAUCAUAUGAUGAAAACUAGUAGUCAUUGGAGCAUCUUUAAUAGAUUACUUCUGCUUAGGAACC